CUAUUCGUUUGUUAUCGGUAUAUUUCUCGUGAAUUGAUUGUUUACAUUGUUUUCUUUCACGUUUUCUGUCAAUUUAUAUACUACACUAGUGUGUUUGUCGUUUUGUUUUAAAAUAAGAACGUUCUAUGGUGUAAUAACACGUGAAUUUGUAGGAUUAUAUGCAAUGCAUCAUCCAGUGUAGUGUUGUGAUAUAUGAAUAAUUCUUAUGGUUGUGGUGUGCUGAUUGGUUAUCCUAAAUGCUGGGGUUUAGAAGCAGUAUGUGCACUCGGCAGCACUCGCAGGCGUGCUUAAACACCUCCCUGUCGAUACGGCAGGAGAUUCAAAGAUUCGAGAGCGUUCAUCCGUCGAUUUACGCUCUCUACGACCUUGUGGAACUAGUACCGGACCCGCUGCUCGCACAACAAAUCCGUGAUCAUGUCGUGGCUAUAGAAGAUUCAUUCGUAAACAGCCAAGAAUGGACAUCUGCUCGCGGUGUUACCGAGCUCCGUGUUGGUGUUCUGGGCUCCCCAGACAGUGGAAAAUCAGCGUUGGUACACAGAUACUUAACAGGAGCCUACAUGCAGGAAGAAAGUCCCGAAGGCGGUCGUUUUAAGAAAGAGGUCAUCAUCGACGGCCACAGUUACCUCCUACUUAUAAGAGAUGAAGGCGGAUCACCCGAGAUGCAAUUCACAGCUUGGGUAGACGCAGUUAUCUUCGUGUUUAGUUUAGAAAACGAAUCAAGCUAUAAUACAGUUUCAAAUUACUUCAACAAAAUGUCACAUUAUAGAAAUUCAGCCGAAAUACCAAUAAUAUUAGUAGGAACACAAGAUGCCAUAAGUGAAAGCAGUCCCCGAGUUGUGGAUGAUAAUCGCGCUCGCAAGUUGACAAAUGAACUCAGAAGGUGUUCAUAUUAUGAGACAUGUGCAACGUAUGGAUUAAACGUUGAACGAGUGUUUCAAGAUGCAUGCCAGAAGAUUGUAGGUACGCGGUUGUCUGCUUCAUCCCAAUGUCUUUCUGGUUCGAGGCCGGUUACUCCACAACCGCUGGCGAACUCACCAAGCCAUAACCAUUCCACAUUUCUAUAUAAGGACACACUACCACGAAGUCAUCACACAUUGUCAGCAUCAUCACACCACUUACACAGAGGAGCAUCAUCCUUUGACGCAUCUUCAAAUAGCAGCGGCAUAUCUUCUACACAUGUAGUUGAAAUUCACAGCACAAAUGGCUCAGAUACUUCCUCCCGGUGGGGAAAUUCACUGGGCAGCCAUGGUUCUUCAUCUGGCCUUGUUUCUAUAGCAACAGAAAAUAACAAUGUCAAGUACACAACGCAGCAUUGUCUCGAUAACCUUCAGUCUAAAGAAUCAAAAGAUCUCCCCACUCCAUCUUCCACUCCAACGACAUCAAGGAAGUCUAGAAGACGGUCCAACCUAUUCACACCUUCAAAGAAAGGUGAUGACAGGCUGAAAAACGGUGAGCUAGGGUCGGGACGAGCAAUACCCCUCAAGCAAGGCUACUUAUACAAGAAGAGCAGCAAAGCAUUGAACAAAGAGUGGAAGAAAAAGUAUGUGACAUUAUGUGAUGAUGGAAGACUGACGUAUCAUCCGAGUUUACAUGAUUAUAUGGAAGACGUGAAUGGAAAAGAAAUUGCCCUUCAGUAUGUGACUGUCAAGGUACCAGGGCAGAAGCCUCGUGGUUCAAAAUCUAUUAUCACAACAGUCCCAGGUUACAAUGGUUACACCAACUUCGACAUCCAUGACAGCAUUGGCGGACUAUCAUUGGGUUACAAAGAUAAGCCAACUCGGGCGACGGACAAAGCUCUUAUGUCAGCAUUUGAAGCUAUGAAGGAACCGGCUUCUAGCCGGCAGUCGUUAGCGUCAGAGAUUGAUAUCGCAAAUGGAACUGACAAAGACACCCCACACGUGAAGAAAAGGCAUCGACGCAUGAAGAGCAGCGGUGUUAAGAAGGAUGAAGAAGAGGGUGAAAUUGCAACAUCCUGUGAAUUUACAAUAGUAAGUCUGGAUGGCAAGCGUUGGCGAUGGGAAGUCUGUGGAGGGAGUAGUCCUGGAGCAGCUGCAGCGGAAAGAGAUGCCUGGGUUGCAGCAGUGGAAGCGCAGAUUCUGGCGUCGCUACAAGGACGGACGUCCCGUCAGCCCGCACCAACGGGCGCGAAUUCAACGGGCGACGUGCGAGCUACGUACUACAUUAGGAGGGUGAAAGGAAACGACAAGUGUUGUGAUUGUGGAGCUGCAGAUCCUGACUGGGCGAGUUUGAAUCUAGGCGUAUUAAUAUGCAUAGAAUGUUCUGGCAUACACAGGAACCUCGGCUCUCAUAUAUCAAGGGUUCGCUCUCUGGACCUAGAUGAGUGGCCUCUCGGUCACGUGAGCGUAAUGGUGUCAAUGGGCAAUACUCUAGCCAAUUCCAUUUGGGAAGCGGACCUCAGGGGGCACAUCAAACCUAUCGCGGCCAGCAGCAGGGAGGAUAAGGAGCGGUGGAUAAGAAUGAAGUACGAGCGUCGGGCGUUUCUAUCGAGCACAGACUCGAGCGUCAUGGGCGAUGCGUUGAAGACGGCGUCUGCGCGUGGCGGGAUGUCGACGAUCGCCAGGCUGCUGGCCGCGCCCCCGCCGCGCGCCCCUUCCCCCACUGAGAGGUCGCUCGCCUUAAGAGCUGCGGCCGCUGCAGGAAAUUUAUCCGCUGCCCAGCUUCUUAUAUGGCACAAUGGCAACCCCAACUUUCCGGACGCAGAUGGCCACACAUGCCUCUUCUACGCCCGUGCAGCGGCGAAUCAUCUCUCAGGGAUACCGACUCAAUUCCCCAAAAACCUCCAAAUCACGUGCCCCCUCCACCCGUCCCCUCCCCAAACUUCUGGAAAUACCUCAACUAGUUCCAGCUCGAGUGCGAAAAGCAAGGAAAUCGAAUGUAAUUGCAUUAUUUUCGAACUCCUAAACGCGCAAAGUUCGGCCAACGCGUUAAUAGAUAUACUACUGGGAUUACAAAAUAACCAGUUUAAUUUCGAUGUCGCUGGAGGCUUUGCGACCUUAAGCCGGCCCUCGCUUGGCCCAAACCUAUCGCUUACAAACGGGAAAUGUGGCAGCAUUGUAUAAAACACGCCAACGUACCAAUGGCGGAAUAAAAUGGCGAAUAAAACGAAUUAAAUUUAGUAAUUUUUUAAAUUUGUUGUUACGACAAUUUAAUAAAUUUCUAGAUUAAUGACAAGAUACUCACUAUCGAAGCUCGUUAAAAUAUAUCAAUUCUUUAUUUAUUUGAAAUUAUUACAACAUAACUGAAAAUGUUCCGAAGACUUUAAAUUAACUAGAAAAACUGAUUUUAGUAAAACUUACCUUAUAUUUCAAUUAUUUAUAGUCUGUCCUUUUUCGUCGUAGCGUAAAACAAUUUUAUAUAAAGAAGAGACUAGACACGGUUCAACAUAAAAAAAAUCAGUAUUCAACAUGACCAGUUUUUGUCUCUUUCUGAUACAUUGUGUUAACUCGGAUGAAAAGAGACAAAUGAGUUAUAACGCUGCAACUAAUAUUUAGUGCCAUUUUAUUCCUGUUAUUAGAUGCACAAGCGUAAUGUGAGGUUACCAAAACACGAAGUAUACACCUAUAGUGCUAUGUACAUAAGUAUUCUAAAUAGUAAUUUAAAUUUGUUUUUUGAACUAUGCUUCUUUCAUUUGUGCAAUAUUGUGAAAAUUUGUCACACCUAUCUGACCCGCUGGUAGGGACACCUAUUUUAGUAUUGACUAAGUACUUCUAGUUAAGGAACUGACUCUCAUACGUUAAAAAUGUAUUGCAUUUUGACAUCCAGAAGUUCGCGCUAUGUCUCCCUUACAAAAUAAUACCGUGAUCGUCAAAUUGAAAUUGAUAAAAUUUUUGUGCUUAAAUCCUGAUUGAUGAUGAUUUGUAUGCAAUUUCGAUGUAGUUCUCUCAAUAGCCGCUGAUGCCUUGGGACAGAAACUCAACUGCUAUAGUUAUUGGAAGCUUCACGAGUAGCUCACGAGGAUUCAAAGUAAUAAUGAAGCCAUCUUGAUCAUAAUGGUAUAUUGCACAUCUAUUUCAGAGUUCAUUAAUUUACGGUGCUUUAUUCAAACCAUCACAUUAGUAUUUUUUGUAGUCAAUUGACAUUUUGUAUUAACAUAAAAAAGUAUUGAAGAGUGGCAAAGUAUUGAACUUGUAGGUAAUUGGAAACCAUGAAUUAACCUAAUUUUAUAUGUUUAAAAAUUAUUUUUAGCUAAUUUGUAAAUAAUACUAAAGUAUUCAAGUCGAGAGAAAAUUUAUUAACAUUUAUUGUUAUUAUAAAAAAAAAUUUACAUUAUAUUAAAAUUAUAAUACAAAUAUUUCCUUUAAUUCGCACGUAUACGUUUCAAUGCAUAAAUUACGGUCCAGUUCAGUAAUGUGUCGUGGCAGGAUUGUGGCGUCAUGGUUCCUUCAUGAACCAAUCGUUAGUGACCGGAUCGUAAAUGAGUAACAUUAUUUUUUUGAUAAUAUUGGCAGCAUACAUUUAGUACAUACCAGGAAUUUUGUUCCACGUUUUUAUGAACGGUUUGUUGCAUAAAGAAAAAUUUCAUGGAACUGAUAUUUGGUUAAAUUUACGAUGUCGAAUCGAAUGAAAUGAUGUAUUAUCUAUGGCCACGACAUGUAUAUUGCGUAAGCAAAGGGAAUACUAAAAAAACUAAACAAAUAUUUAGUAUUUUUUUAUAUAUUUAAUUCCUGUUCGUGUACCGUUUUCGGUCCUCUAUAGAUUUUCGAUUCCCAAGGAUGUAAUCAAACAUUGGCAUGGUAAAGAUGACGCUGCAUGUUCAUAUAAUAUGCAAUUUAGGUAAUGGAAUGUAAUUAGGUAAAUAUAUGCAUAAAAGAAAAGCAUGUACAUUAUUGAUUACUUCGUGUAUGUUACUGCGUUUUAAUGAUAGUAAUUUUUCACAUUUAUCGAACAUCACAGUAAAUCACCGUAAUAAAUAUUUUCUAGUUGUGUAGUGUUUGUGUGUUGAUCACAAUACUGGUAUUCUACCUUUGAAUAUUUAUUUGUCCGUAUAUCCAUAUCUGGUGGAAUAUCACUAUUAGUUAUAGGUAGUUGUUAGAUAAAUUAUUAAAUUAGUGUAAAAGAUCUCAGCUCAACACUAUUUUAGGCUAUUUAUAAUGUCGCUUAUGUAAAAGAUGUACUUUCGUAUCACUUAUCAAUUAGAAUUAAUAAUCAAUAAAGAUCGAUUUAUAUGAAAGAUUUGAAACAUUCCACAGUAAAAUUAUUUAACGUAGAAUCUUAGUAUUACUAGUUAGAGAUUCCAGAAGCAAAGUUUAUAAGUGUUCGCGUUUGCACUUACCUAGAGCAUAUGGUUAAUGUGAUAAUCCUAAGAUUUUUCAAAGUUAAGCCAAAUGUACUGAACCCUUCUGUGCCUACUUUAGGUAGUACGCUUUAUACCUACUUGUUUAUAGAUAAGAGAUUACGAUAAAAUGUCUUCUAACUUUCCCUUGAUACUCGAGCCAUCGAGAUAAUCACGUAGAUUAAUGAAUGCAUUUAUUUCUUAAAUAAUUGUAUUUGGUGCAAAAAUUCAUGUAUUAUUUUCGGAUUUGUUUAUUUCAUAUAAUUCUUGAUUCGGUAUAUAAGUCAAUAGCACCAAAAAAUACCUAUUUAUAAGGAGUAAGAUAUUUUCCGUGACAUGGUGUUUUGGCUUAUUACCAACAAUUCAAGACCUAUUAUAUACUUUUAAUAGUGAUUCGUUAUUUGAAUAAAGUAUUUUAAUUUCGUUACCUUGACGUGCGUUUGUUUUUUUAUUUUGUUUUUAUGCUAUGUUUGUUUUGUACAGGCCAAAGAGCUUAUAUUGUACAUAUUUACGGCGCGCAGCAAGAUGCUGUUCUACGAUUAGAUCUUCGUUAUUGUAAUUUUUAAGAAAUUUGUUGAUGUUCUUAAUCUUGUGAAAUAAAUAAUUAUGAUGGACAUGACGAAUUUUAUUUGUUUAAUAAUGUAACACCUUCACGCGUUAAUAGCGUUCUCUUACAGGGCCAGCCUUGACGAUGAGUUAGAUUCAUUAACAAUUAUUGUUUUUGUAUUGCUUUAUUUGAAUGA